AUGUGGGGCGAGACAUUUGACGAUUUUGAAAGUGAAGAACGCGAGUUGGCUGUUGCCAAACAAAACUUCAUGCAUGAACCAGCUAACAUGAAUUUCACAUUUCCAAGUUUGCCACUCGGAAUUCAACCAGUCGAAUUCAUGAAUUCUCAUUUCGGAGCAACAGCCGCGAAAAACAUGAAAUUCCGAAAAGGAACAACAACUUUGGCAUUCGUUUAUGAGCCAGCAACACCAGCAGAUAAAGGAGGAAUUAUUGUUGCUGUCGAUUCAAGAGCCUCAUCUGGAGAAUAUAUUUGUGAGUUUUGAAGUUCCUUACGAAUAUUUUCAAAAUAAAAUAUUUUCAGCGUCUAAAUCUGUUAUGAAAAUCCUCGACAUCGGAGAUCGUAUGGUCGCAACAAUGGCUGGAGGAGCUGCUGAUUGUCAAUAUUGGACAAGAAUUGUUGCCAAAUACUGCACGUUAGUUUAUUUCAUGGGUAUUGUCGAAUUUGAAAAAUGUGGCAGCCGUAAAACAUGAAAAACAGUGCAGAGCUGAAUGAAUGACAAAGUCAUUACUUCGUCAGUCGCGUGCGGCUGUGCGUCGCGGCCGAAAAACAAAGGAAAAAAUAAAUAAUUGAUUGUUUUUCGACCGCGACGCACAGCCGCACGCGACUGACGAAAUAAUGACUUUGUCAUUCAUUAAGAUCUGCACUGUUUUUCAUUUUUUACGGCUGCCACAUUUUUCAACUUUGACAAUAGUUGGGAUAUAUCGCUACGAAUAAGUUCUCCCUGAACUUUUCUGAUUUCCGAAAAGUUCACCUUGAAAAUGGUUUACGAAACGUUUUCAGCCCGUGGGAUCGGGUCCCGAAUAUUCUACGCACAAACACACAUUUUGAUUUGUGAAAAAGCACAACCACUCCUUUUAUUGAGAUUCAAAAAUUUGGUGUUUUUUCAGAUUGUAUGAAUUGCGCGAAAAGACACCAAUCACUGUUAGUGCCGCCAGUAAAUAUUUCGCAAAUGCUUUGUUCGGAUACCGUGGAAAGGGUUUGUCGGUUGGUUCAAUGGUUGCUGGAUAUGAUAAGAAAGGACCACAAAUCUUCAAAGUUGACAGCGAUGGAGAUCGUUGUUCAUUGAAAGUUUGCUCUGUUGGUUCGGGAUCAUUGAAUGCAUACGGUUAGUUUUCUUUUUUCAAAAUCGCGUUUUUUAUAAACAAUUUUGAAGGUAUUCUUGACAAUCAUUACAAACCAAAAAUGACUGAUGAAGAAGCUCGUAAACUUGGUCUCCGUGCUAUCAUGCAUGCUACUUUCCGUGAUUCUGGUUCUGGAGGUGUUUGUAAUUGUAAGUUUUCUUAUCAGCUUAAUUUUCUUUUUAUUAUCUAUCUAUUGUUUCAUUGAAACUUUUUCUCUUCAAUACAAUUAUUUCUUUUUUUAGUGUGCCACAUUACACCAACCGAAAAGAUUCGUCUUCCACCAAUGGAUGUUUCCAAAUUGUGGUACGAAUUUGCGGAUGAACUCGGAAGAGAUAUUGUUUAUGAUCCACGCGAAUAA